AGCUGGAGAGAUGUCAUCACACUUGAAAGGUAGAUUAUCCAACGAGGAGCAAACACUUUCGCAGUAGAAACAACAAACAUCAGAGGAGCUGGACGGUGUUUUUGGGCCUGGGGCCUUUCUUGGGUUUUAUCUGCGCAGCCACAGCUCUGCAGCAGUGCUCGGUGUGUGCGAGGAUCUUGGUGCGCAUUUGCUGAAUACAAGUACGGGGCCCUGGAGGGCCAGAGACACGGGUGAGCUUGUGGGUCCACCGGUUGACCAGUGUAGCAGACGGGUGUGAUAGGGUGUCCUCAGGGACAGGCAGGCUUUCUCUGGCGACCCUUGAGCAUUCAGUCCACAGGUGUCGGUUCCGUUCCUGAUUUGUUCCUUGGCAGGACUCUAGAGCUGAAAGCUGCUGAACCUUGUGAUGCCUCACUGUCCUCAUUAGAAAAAUUGAGCCGAUAGCCUUCUUAGUAGGGUUAUGAGAUUUAAAUAUUGUGCUUGACUCAGGAUAGCAUCUGGUAUGCACCAGAUGCUAAACUCAUUUCUGUCUGUCUGUCAUACAUCCCAGCUGCUGUUGCUGUGUAAAAGGCCGUGGUGUGAGACAACAGCAGCCUUCUAAUUUUCUCACAUAUUCUGUGGAUCAGGAGAGCUCACAGCAGCAGGCUUAGUUCUGUCGCUGAUACCUGGGGCCUCGGCUGGGGAGACUUGAGGUUCAGGAGGUGGUGACUCAUGAGGGGCCGCGGGAGCCGUGCCUCUCACGCACCUGCCCUGGUGCUGGCUGUGAGGGACCCCUCUGGGCCCGUGGCUGUGGCAUCUGCUGUGAGGGACCCUCUGGGCCCGUGGCUGUGGCAUCUGCUGUGAGGGACCCUAUGGGCUGUGGCAUCUGCAGGGGCCUCUCCCCAGGGCUGCUUCUCUUCCUCACAGGGAGGUAUCUGGAGCUGCAGCCCAGGAGGACCAGGCGGAAACCCAUUGUCCUGGGAGGCCCACGAUGCCUUCUGUCCUGGGUUGAGCCCAGCGGCCGCAGAAGGAGCACAGACUCCCUCUGUGUGCGCAGCAUUUGGGACAGAAGAACCAAAGAUGAUACCUGGAAAGCAGAUGACCUCAGAAAACAUCUCUGGGCCAUACAGUCAGGUAGUUCCAAGGAAGAAAAAAAGCACAGAGAGAAGAAGCUGCGUAAGGAGUCUGAGAUGGACCUUCCUGAACACAAGGAGCCGAGGUGCAGGGAUCCCGACCAGGAUGCCAGGAGCAGAGACAGGGCAGCCGAAGUCCACACCACUAAGGAGAGUCCUCGUGGGGAGAGGGACAGAGACAGACAGAGGGAGAGGAGAAGAGACGCAAAAGACCGGGAGAAAGAAAAGCUGAAGGAGAAACAUCGAGAGGCAGAAAAGUCUCACAGCAGAGGAAAGGACAGGGAAAAAGAAAAAGACAGAAGGGCCCGGAAGGAAGAACUCCGGCAGACCGUGGCCCACCACAACCUGCUGGGCCAGGAGACGCGCGACCGGCAGCUCCUGGAGCGGGUGGAGAGGAAAGGCCGCUCAGUAAGUAAAGUAAGAAGUGAAGAGAAAGAUGAAGACUCUGAAAGAGGAGAUGAAGAUAGAGAAAGAAGAUACCGAGAAAGAAAGCUGCAGUACGGAGACAGCAAGGACAACCCUCUCAAGUACUGGCUUUACAAAGAGGAAGGCGAGAGGAGACACAGGAAGCCCAGAGAGCCAGAUCGAGACAAGAAACACCGAGAAAAAAGCAGCACAAGGGAAAAAAGAGAGAAAUAUUCCAAAGAGAAAAGUAAUUCGUUCUCUGACAAAGAAGGGAAAGAAAGACAUAAAGAAAAGCGACACAAAGAAGGCCUUUAUUUUGAUGAUGAGAGGCACCGAAGCAACGUGGAUAGAGAAGAGAGAUCGGCAAAAGACGAGCACAGGAAAAGGGAAUCCAAGAACGGUGAACACAGAAAUCGAGGUGCAAGCUCAAAAAGAGAUGGGACCAGCAGCCAGCAUGCUGAGAAUUUAGUAAGGAAUCACGGAAAAGAUAAAGAUUCAAGACGAAAGCAUGGCCACGAGGAAGGCUCUUCCGUGUGGUGGAAGCUGGACCAGAGGCCGGGAGGCGAGGAAACUGUGAAUAUAUAUGCAAAACCGGAGAGAUCAAGGAAAUGCACGUAUCCUCAUAUGAAGGAAGAAUUGCGGACGGGGCCUCUGAAGGAGGUAGCGCGGAGCUUGGUGGAGAGCACGGCCUCGUGUGAGGGAAGAAUUGCCGACGGGGCCUCUGAAGGAGGUAGCGCGGAGCUUGGUGGAGAGCACUUGGGGCUCUCCUCGGGGCAGGAAAUUGAAAAGGAAGAAACUGAUUUAGAAAAUGCUAGAGCUGUUGCAUAUACAGCCAGUUGUGAAGAUGAUUUUGAAGACUAUGAAGAUGACUUUGAGGUUUGUGAUGGCGAUGAUGAUGAAAGCAGUAAUGAAGCUGAGUCAAGAGAAAAACUGGAAGAACUUCCUCUAGCUCAAAAAAAGGAAAUACAAGAAAUUCAAAGAGCUAUUAAUGCAGAAAAUGAAAGGAUUGGCGAGUUAUCUUUGAAACUGUUUCAGAAGCAAGGUAGAACAGAAUUUGAAAAGGAGCCCAGGACAGAUACAAACAGUUCCCCUUCCAGAGCCUCCGUUUGUGGAAUUUUUGUGGAUUUUGCCUCUGCUUCACACCGUCAAAAGAGUCGGACUCAGGCCCUUAAGCAAAAGAUGCGAAGUACAAAACUGCUUCGGCUCAUUGACUUAGAUUUUUCAUUUACUUUCUCUCUUUUGGAUCUACCACCAGUAAAUGAAUAUGACAUGUAUAUCAGAAACUUUGGGAAAAAAAAUACCAAGCAGGCAUAUGUUCAGUGUAACGAAGAUAAUGUUGAAAGAGACAUUCAAACGGAGGAAAUAGAGACCAGAGAAGUGUGGACCCAGCACCCGGGAGAAAGUACUGUUGUAUGUGGAGGCAGUGAACAAAGAGAUACUUCUGAUGCUGUAGUUAUGCCAAAGAUUGAUACUCCAAGGUUAUGUAGCUUUCUGCGGGCGGCUUGUCAGGUGAUGGCCGUUUUGCUGGAAGAGGAUCGCUUGGCAGCUGAACCCAGCUGGAAUCUUAGGGCUCAAGACAGGGCCCUGUAUUUUAGUGACAGCUCAUCUCAGCUGAACACCAGUCUGCCAUUCCUUCAAAAUCGAAAAGUAUCCUCCUUGCACGCCUCCCAAGUUCAGAGGCAGAUGGUGGUCUCCGUUCACGACUUACCUGAGAAGACCUUUGUGCCCCUGCUGGACAGCAAAUACAUCCUCUGUGUGUGGGAUAUUUGGCAGCCUUCAGGGCCGCAGAAGGUUCUGAUAUGUGAGUCCCAGGUCACGUGUUGCUGCUUGAGCCCUUUCAAAGCAUUUUUACUGUUUGCUGGAACAGCGCACGGCUCAGUUGUCGUCUGGGAUUUGAGAGAAGACUCAAGGCUGCAUCACUCUGUGAAGCUGAGCGAUGGCUUCUGGACGUUCCGGACCGCCACGUUUUCCACCGAUGGAAUCCUUACCUCAGUAAACCACCGAAGCCCUCUUCAAGCAGUAGAACCUAUCUCAACGUCCGUCCACAAAAAGCAGAGCUUCGUGCUUUCACCCUUUUCUACUCAAGAAGAAAUGUCAGGUUUGUCCUUCCACAUCGCUUCCUUGGAUGAGAGUGGGGUUCUCAAUGUGUGGGUGGUGGUUGAAUUACCAAAGGCAGACAUCGCAGGUUCAAUAAGUGAUUUAGGUCUGAUGCCUGGAGGGAGGGUCAAGCUGGUACCUAGUGCUCUGAUCCAGUUGGGUGACAGUCUUUCCCAUAAAGGUAAUGAAUUUUGGGGCACUACACAAACACUGAAUGUUAAAUUUCUGCCUUCAGAUCCUAAUCACUUUAUUAUUGGCACAGACAUGGGUCUCAUAAGCCAUGGCACAAGACAAGAUUUGAGAGUGGCUCCCAAACUAUUCAAACCUCAGCAACAUGGUAUAAGACCAGUAAAAGUUAAUGUCAUUGAUUUUUCACCAUUUGGAGAACCAAUAUUUUUGGCCGGCUGUUCGGAUGGAAGCAUCAGGCUGCACCAGUUGAGCUCCGCGUUUCCGCUCCUGCAGUGGGACAGCAGCACGGACAGCCAUGCAGUCACCAGCCUGCAGUGGUCCCCGACCAGGCCUGCCGUGUUCCUGGUGCAGGACGACACAUCCAACAUCUACAUCUGGGACCUCCUCCAGAGCGAUCUGGGUCCUGUCGCCAAACAGCAGGUCUCCCCCAACAGGCUGGUGGCCAUGGCUGCGGUGGGUGAGCUCGAGAAGGCUGGUGGCAGCUUCCUGGCCCUGGUGCUGGCCAGGGCCUCUGGCUCCAUCGACAUCCAGCACCUGAAGAGGCGGUGGGCGGCCCCGGAGGUGGAUGAGUGCAACAGGCUGCGUCUGCUUUUGCAGGAAGGCCUGUGGCAAGAGGGAAAACCGCACAAGUAGCGGGUGUUGCUGAGAAGACGGAGUUUCUGUAAUGACCCAAAUUUAAAAGACAUAAGGUGGAUAAUUCUACAUUUGUGUGCAAGUAUAUUUAUGUAUAUAGACUAUGUAUAUUUUGUAUAUAAUUUAUUUUACAUGAAUAUUUCUUUGGUAUUCCCAGUAAAUAAAUGACUACUUUUGAAUGGAAACAAAGAACAUUCUAGCAUUUACAAAACUUCCAGGGGAGCGUAGAGCCACAUCCAGGGUGCUCUUUUCUGAGAGUAUUUCGAGUUAUUUUUAGAACAGUUUAAAUAUUGUCACAUUACUACUAGAUUUGAAACAGCCUACCAUGAAAAUGUAUCUUAAUGAACUAUUGUCUUAUGCAUAAAGUAUGUGAACACAUGUCUAAAUUAAAAGGAAUUACUCCACUGAAA